AUGUCCAGUCACCGAGCUGAACGACGCAUCCGCGAGUACUUAUCGCAUCUAAUACCCGUGCCACUGAACGAUUUAUCAGAGAGUGAUCGGAUAUGUACGUUGUGCUACGAGGCCUUUCCCCCGCUGGAGGAAGGCGGCGACUACCCAGUCCGUGUACGCUCCACCCACGCCAACUCGACUUGUCGGCAUGUGUUCGGAAGAACGUGCAUCGAAGAGCACCUGAGCAGCGGCAGAGGCUAUAGCAGGAGAUGUCCAAUAUGUCGCGAGAGCUGGUUUGGCGAUGCAGAGGACGAGGCCGACGAAGAGCCGGAAGAGUCUGCAGUAGCGGCAGCGCAUAGACAGAGGAGUCAGUUUCGUGCGCCUGGGGAGACGCCGGAGGAUCGGCGAAUGGAGCUUAUCUUUGGGUUGGAAAAUACGAGUGAGCAGGAGCGUCAGCGGUUCUUCGCAUCCGUGGGGCAAACUCUACGUGCUAUGCCAUCGGCAGAAGCGGAUGCCCAAGCAGCUAUCGGCCAGUCGGUUCAGGCGAUUGCUGACGCCGAGGAAAGCUUGCGCGUGAUCCGCAACAUCCAGGCCGAUCGCGCAUCGCCCCCAGCCGUGGACAUGUCGCAAGGCGUGCGUCGUGGCAGCGCAGAAGAAGAGGACGAGGAAAUGGAACGGCGAUUGAUGCAGGCGGAGCUGCGACACGCCAGGCAGGCGGUUGAUGCGGGCCUACAACUCGCCGCGGCGGUUAGGGCGAAGAGGGUAUCACGUGAGGACAAUGAGCGCUCGUUGCAACGAAUGUCCCAGCAGGGACGAGGUACCGCGCCUACAUCGCGACACAGCGGCGCAUCGCCUAGGCGCGAUGACUUCGCGACUCUACCGAGUGCGGGCCGCAUGAUGCGAACGAUGGGAUUCUUGGAGCAGCUUCAUCGAACGGAAGAGGUGAUGACCGAUAGUUCAGACAUAGCGGAGAGGAUGGGUGAUGUUGAGCGAGCUGUGGACGCUUUGUGGAGGGGUGUUGACGAUGAUAGGCGGCGGCGAGGAAACAUUCGGUUCGUGCGUCGCGACUCUUGA